AACGUAUGAAAAAUCUUCUUUCCAUUUGCCAUUUGCUCUCAUUUUCUGUUUCUAGUAGAACCCUUUUAACCGAUUCACAUUUUAAGUGCAACAGUUGUGUUCGUGUAUAAUUUAUGUUUUUAAGGGAAGUUCAAGAUGUCAGUGAAAUUUAACGGCGCAAGUUUGCUUGAAUAAUUGUGGCAAUUAUUACUGGGCUUUGUGUGACCAGACUGAAAAAUGUUGCCUGGAAUAGGUGUGUUUGGAACUGGAAAUGUUGUGAGGGUGAUGGUGCCAUUCCUACGCGAGAAAGGGUUCAAGAUAGAAGCCUUGUGGGGAAGAACAUUAGCUGCCGCCCAGGAAGUUGCCUUAGAGCUUGAAAUUCCCUUUUUUACGAACAAGAUAGAUGAUGUGCUUCUGCGAAAAGAUGUUGACCUUAUUUUCAUUAUGUGCUCCCCAAAUUUACACUCACAAAUAGCUGUGAAGGCAUUGGGCAUUGGGAAACAUGUCUUGUGUGAUAAACCUGCUGGGCUCUGCCAGGGAGAGGCUUUGAAAAUGGUGCGUGCAUGUCAGUAUUAUCCUUCACUUAUAUCGAUUGUUAACCAUAGUUUGAGGUUUUUGCCUGCUUUUGUACACAUGAGAAAAUCCAUUUGUGAUGGCUUUCUGGGUAAAGACAGUGAAAUUACUGUUUGUGACAUUCGGGUUCAAAUGGGAAGCCUUUUGCAUUCGACCUACGAUUGGCACUGUGAUGACACCAUGGGUGGAGGUAUUCUGACGCUUGUUGGAAGUCAUGUCAUUGAUUUAGUCACAUAUCUCACUGAACAAAAAGCUGUCCGAGUCCAUGGUGUUGUCAGAACAUUCACAAAGACCACUGCUAACAUUAAUGGAAUCCGUCAUAUCUCCAGUCCAGAUUUCUGCAGCUUUCAAAUGGAGAUGAGUGGUGGUACCUUGGUGACUGUCACUUUGAACAACCAUUUACAAGGUUCAUUCAGCCAAGAAGUCUUAGUUUGUGGUCAGCAAGGAAACUUAGUUGUCAGGGGAGGUGACUUGUAUGGACAGAAGAACGGCUGCUCGAAAGAAGAUGUGAUUUAUGUUGAUGUUGAGGAUCUUCAAAGGAGUGGAAACAUAAAUGCUACUGCUGCCAAGUCGAUUCCUAGGCCCUACAUAAAGGGACUUUUCAAAAUGAUUUGUGCCUUGAGGGAAGCCUUCCUCCCUGUUGAAGAUAAACGAGGGUGGGUUAAGAAUCCUGUAGCGCAGGCAGCAACAUUUGAAGAUGGAUUGUAUGUUCAAGCUGUCAUUGAUGCAUUGCGGAAAUCAAGUGCCAACAGAGAGUGGGUCAAGGUGAAUAUUAUUACGGAAGAACCGGAUCCAAAUCCAUUAUUGAGUGCUGCUGUCAGGCGCAGUGCUAUAUCUAUGUGAAGCUGUGCUUAGACUUUGCUCUCUACUCUCUAUUGUAGCUUAUUGCCUGUUCUGCUUUUUGUUCCGAUUGAUUUCGAAGAAAUUAUUAACACUGCACUUCUAUUUUUGUACCAGUGAUAGUUCCUGGUUUUAUACUUUUCUAAGAUCAAUGCUCAGAUCAAAAUAAUAUUGUAUUUUUGUUAUUAGUAUUACAGCAUUUACUUUUCAAGGGAACUGAAGUGAGUUUGUAGUAGUAGCUCACUGGAACAAAUCUCCUGUACUUAAAGUUACUAGUUCAGUCACUUAUUGUUUUAAUUAUAAUUGUUCACAGUAUUUAUUUUAUUUAUGAAUAUACCUCCCACUUAAAACUACCUUCAAAGAGAGAGCCAACUACUGUCUUUUGAUGCCUCUCUUUUCCUUCUCUUCCUCAUACUCUUCUUCUUACUGUCAAACCAUUUUGAUGUGUGUGUGUCAGUUGGAUUCUUUUUGACCAGUCCAAAAAAAAACUUUGUGUUGUUCAUAGUUUUAACUUUUACUCCUUUGAAACUGUUUGGAGCAAUACAAGAUCUCAUUUUCUGGCUUGCAUAAACUUUUUGAAUUGACUUGACUUAAGUGUUUGCGAUAGGAGCUUGCUUUGGUUGUAACAAUGUUGUAACAUAUGUGAUAACAUGAUCGUCAUUCCUUAUGUUUUAUUAAACUUACAUUGGGUUUAAAUGUACCCACAUAUUUAUUGUAUGGGUAGAAGCACUGUUAAACAACAAGUUUUUUUAUUUUGAACAAAAUAGGUUCUCAAAUUUGAAGCAAAUUUUGAAAAGUAACAAUCAAAUUAGAGAAAAAGAAACGUUUGCUAGCAUUACAAGUUUGUUUUGAAAGUCAUGGGUAACACAAACCAUCUAUACUUUGCCUCUCUCAUUUUUUAUCCUUGAUUUUCUCAGAUUGUUGUGAGAGUUUUGUGAACGCCUAAACAAAAAUUUGUUGUUCAAUAGCUACUACUUUUUGAGAACUGCAAAAGUUUUUCUAAGAUUACGUUGCAUCAGAUUUUAUUUUACUCUUCUUUUUCCUUCUUUUAUAUCAAACUUUUUGUUGCAUCAUAAAUUGUAACAGAUCAAAGUAAUAUUUGUUAUCUUCUUGGUUGUGAUUUUUAAUAUAUAAAAAAAAUGUCUUUGUGAUCUGUGAUACCACUCUGCGCUUUUUUGUAAUAAAUUGUUAUAGUGUCUCCAGUA